CCCGCCUCCACUGUCCUCCCCUGGACCUUCAUCGCUUUGCCCGACCCUCGCUCUCCUCGCUCCCCUUACCCAGUGCCGCCAGCUUCUGGGGACAUCCAAAAGUCCCCGUCCCGCCGCCACCUGCAGCUGCGAAGGCAGUUCGGGGCCGUCCGGAGCCGCCCGGACAUUAGAGGCUGCUGCACCGGGCCUCAGCCACCCCUCCGGAUGCUGGUGCUGCCGUCCCCUUGCCCCCAGCCCCUGGCGCUUCCCUCUGUUGAGGCCAUGGAGGCCCCUCCCCCUCGGACAGGCAGGUCCCCUGAACCUGGACCUUCCUCCUCCACCGGAUACCCCCAGACUUCGUCCCCUCCAAGGCCCAACCACUACCUUCUCAUUGACACCCAGGGUGUGCCCUACACAGUGCUGGUGGACGAGGAGUCGCAGAGGGAGCCUGGGGCCGAUGGGGCUUCAGCGCAGAAAAAGUGCUACAGCUGCCCUGUGUGCUCCAGGGUCUUCGAGUACAUGUCAUACCUUCAGCGACACAGCAUCACCCACUCGGAGGUAAAGCCGUUCGAGUGUGACACCUGCGGGAAGGCAUUCAAGCGGGCCAGCCACUUGGCGCGGCAUCACUCCAUUCACCGCGCGGGUGGUGGGCGACCCCACGGCUGUCCGCUCUGCCCUCGCCGCUUUCGGGAUGCAGGGGAGCUAGCCCAGCACAGCCGCGUGCACUCGGGCGAGCGCCCAUUUCAGUGCCCACACUGCCCGCGCCGCUUUAUGGAGCAGAACACGCUGCAGAAGCACGCGCGGUGGAAGCAUCCGUGACCUGGUAUCGGGCAUCCCAGGGUCAUGGGGCUCCUGGAGCUGGGACUACUGAAGCCCUGAGGCGCUGUUGGAGGUGCAGGCCCGCGUUCGGGGCCCUGGACACAGAUGGAACUGGUCUCCUCUGGAGGUGAUGCCUUACCUGGAGCAGGAGUCCCUGAGCCAUUGCUUGGAGCUCAGCGCUUUGGAGUGUGAUGAGCGCAAGUAAACCUUCACACAGAAUGGAGUCCUAUGACUGAAGACCCGGAUAGUCCAUGAUGGAGCCCUGACUGGAGGGGUGAAUGGGGAAAAUGUUGUGCCUGAAAAUUCUCCCCCUCAGGAAAGUGGCAGGGGUCCUUAGGAGUCCCCACUAUCUUCUAGAGGCCACUAUGCUGCCAUUGGGCAGGGUCCAGACCUGCCUUCCUCUCCCAACCAGGGCUUGAGGCUGGACAUCCAAUAAACAGCUUCCUACUCUGAGCCCUUCUGUUCUUGGAGACUGCAUCUUGAACCUGGUAGAACCUACUUACUAUGGGCUUUGGCUGUCCUGGUUGGGGAAUGGGACUGUUGGCCUGCCCUAGGGUCAGGCUUCUCUCAGCUCCUGAAGACCUGUGUCAUCUGGAAGAGUGUUUUAAAACUUUUUUUAAAAACCAUAACCCAUUGUAACAUACAUGUUUUAUAUGAAAGCCCAGUAUACAGAUACACAAAAUGUAUGUGAAAAAAGUUCAACAAUAGUUACCUUUAGUAUGUGCAGGGCACCUUGAUAUUUUUUUUUUAAUUUUACUAUUUUUAUUUGAAAUGUAGAGUCCGUCCUACUAUAUUAAAUUCUCUGCCCAUGAACCUGCAAUUUGGAAAACACUGAUCUAGGGCAGGUGGCUCCCCCUGGACUUUCUGAUCCAGGCUGCAAUUUAUCUAUAAAGUGAAGCAGGAAGGGGGAACUGGUUACAGUUUUUUUGGUUGGGGCAGACAUUCAGACUCUCCUCCACAGGGCCGAAACCUUGGUCUUAUAAGGGCUUCAUAGUCCCAGAGUACAGGUGCUGCUUGUGAAUGGGAGUAGAGGCAGGUGGAACUGAGCUUAAUAAAUAUCUGCCUCCUUAGUGCAUCUUGCCUAUUUUGUGCCAGGCACUGUGC